CAACAUUUCAAACCAGUCAUGAGCAACUGGGGCGGAAACACAGGUUUUGGAUAUUACGAUGCUGGUGAUGACGAGGACCAUGAUGAAGAAGAAGCUGGGUUCGAGUGGCAGAAAGCUGGAAAGGACAGUCUCAUUUUCCUCAUCGAUUGCUCCGAGCCCAUGUUUGAAAAGAGCGAUGACAAGAGCCACUUCGAGAUGAGUAUUGAGUGUGCCAAGACUGUACUGAGCAACAAGAUUAUCAGCAGUGAGAAGGAUCUGGUCGGUGUGGUCUUCUUCGGGACCGAAAAGGACAAGAACAGCGGAAGCUUCAAGCACAUUUAUGUUCUUCAGGAUCUUGACCAGCCCAGUGCCAGCAGAAUCCUGGAAUUGGAAUCUUUCCUCUCAGAGGGGAACAAUGACUUUGCCAACAAGUACGGAUUUGAGUCCGGGUAUAGCCUCAGCGAUGCUCUCUGGACCUGUUCUAACAUGUUUUCACAAAGUCCACAGAAGGUGGGGUACAAGCGGGUUCUUCUCUUCACUGACAACGACGACCCACACAAGGGCAAUGUAGCAUUCCAAAGACAGGCCAAGCAGAAGGCGAAAGAUCUUUACGACAUUGGUAUCGAGAUUGAGCUCAUGCACAUGACGCAGCCAGACACAAAGUUUGGCUUCUCAGAGUUCUAUCAGGACAUUGUUCAUACAGGUGAGGAUGAAGAGGGCAUCAUCCCAGAUGCUUCAGAGAAGUUCGAUCAGCUCCUCGCGAGGGUACGGGCGAAAGACCACAAGAAAAGGACCAUGGGAAGGAUUCCGUUCUCUCUCGGAAAAGGACUGGAGCUAGGUGUGGGCAUUUACAACCUCGUAAGACAGCAAAACAGACCGUAUCCUAUCAAGUUACAUCGGCAGACCAACGAAGCUCUCAAGGGAAAGUCCAAGAUGUACUGUGAGGAUACUGGAGAGCUUCUUAUGCCUUCGGACAUCAAGAAGUAUCAGACGUAUGGAGGGAAAAACAUCAUCUUUGAGAAGGAUGAGGUCGCUGAAGUGAAGAAAUUUUACGAUCCAGGGCUAUUGCUGAUGGGUUUUAAACCAAGGUCAGCCCUGAAGAAAUACUUCCACGUCAGACCAGCCCAGUUCCUAUUCCCCGACGAGAGUUCGGUGUCGGGCAGCAACACAGUCUUCAAUGCCCUCUUGCAAAGAUGUUCGGCCCGAGACGUGGUUGCCAUCUGUCGUUACAUUCCACGCAAGAACACAUCUCCGAAGUUUGUCGCCCUCUUGCCUCAGAAAGAGGAGCUUGACGAGUACUCGGUUCAGAUUGCCCCUCCUGGAUUUCAUCUCAUCUUCUUGCCUUUCUCAGAUGACAUCAGAACACUGGAACAUCCCACUAACCCUAGAGCGACGCCGGACCAAAUCGACAAGGCCAAGAAGGUCGUCAAGAGCCUACAAUUCAAAUUUUCCUCUGAGAACUUUGAGAAUCCCGUGCUCCAGACACACUACAGAAACCUAGAGGCUCUCGCACUGGACAGGGACACAGCUGAUGAAAUGGUAGAUCACACGGCACCCAACAACGAGAUGAUAGAGAAGAGGGCGGGGCCGGCCAUUAGAGAAUUCAUGGAGUCUGUCUUUCCGGAAGGGUACGAUCCAACAGCCAAACCAGCUGCAAGGAAGAAGGCGGCCGGUGGUACAAUUGAUGUUGCUGAUGAAGCAAGAAAAGGCAAGCUUUCCAAAUUGACUGUAGCAGUCUUGAAGGAGUUCUGUCAAAAGAAUGGGCUUUCAACAGCAGGGAAGAAGAAUGACCUCGUAGAAACCAUAAACGAUCAUCUAGGACUAUAAAUUCUCGUCUACACAUGAUCCAACGCGAGCUCUGCAACAUUAUUUGCUUUAUCUUCACUUGGUCUGAGAGCAGAUCGUCAUCUUCUCAGAUGGUCACACGUCAAAAGCACUUGAUUUAAACUGCUGACACAACAUUUGCUCCGCCGAAAAUUGCUUUAUUUCAUCUAUUAAGAUAUAGGGAUAUAUUUAGGGUUGCAAUAUGGUUUUAUGUUUGGUUUAGGAUAGGGUAUAGUGUUAAAUCAAGGGUUGAAGUCGGUCACUCCAUUAGUGUGUGAAAUUCACUGUGAAGCAAUUGUCAUUGAACCGUCUACACCACUUUGGGCCUAAUAUCCACCUAGUCUCGUUGACAUUUAGUCUCAUGCCCCGCUUGUUUAAUUUCCACUUCGUCUCCUUAUAACAUUUCACUGACUGUGUCAAAGAUAAUCUGGUCCAUUCAGAUUUCAUCUAGCCAUGCAGACUAAAAUGUUGUUAGACUCGGUUUACACCUCAGAUGGUCCGAUUCCACAUAGGCCAAACCCAUCCGCUCUAAUAUCUGUUUGGUCUACAACUACACUUUGUCUAAUACCCACUUGGUCCAAUUGACAUUUAGUCUAUGGUCCAGUUGGUCUAAUUUCCACUUUGCGUACUUGUGUUUUUUACUUUAACAAAAGAAAUAUUGGUCCAUGACCAGUUUAUAGACUAUGUGGUGUUAGACCAAGUGUUAAUAAAUCGAAUUGGUACAGCCUAACUGGAAAUUAUUUUUUGAUGGUGAUUAGGCUAGGUGGCAAUUAGACCAAAUGGUUAGUAGACAAACAGGUUUAACCAGGAUUAGACAAUGUGGAAUGAGACAAUGGAGAUUGGACCAAGUGGUAAAAGACCGAGAUGUAGUUUACCGAUUUAAAGGGUGGUCAAUGCUGCAGCCAAGAAACUCAAAAUCAUUCUAAGUAGUGAUAUCAGAUUCAUGAUUUAUGAUGAUGAUUUGAAUUUUAGCUCCUAUUUAUGGAACAU